UUUACGGCUGCUUCUCAAUCCCACAGUAGGAAUACGGUGCGGCCGUCGGUCUUGUUCCGUAGGUACCGCCCUAGCCCGACCCGAUUGGAUGGAUGCCCGUUGAGCCGCACGCUGAUUGGCCAUAGUUUCUGCCAGUCUUUUUCAGUCUGGGGCGCGCGGUCGGCCGCCGGUGAGAGCGCGAGGGUCUGUGCCGCGGCGGAAGUUAUCGCUGCAGGGAAGAUGCUUCCCUUGUCGCUGCUGAAGACAGCGCAGAAUCACCCCAUGCUGGUGGAGCUGAAGAAUGGGGAGACGUACAACGGGCACCUGGUGAGCUGCGACAACUGGAUGAACAUCAACCUCAGGGAGGUGAUCUGCACGUCACGGGAUGGUGACAAGUUCUGGAGGAUGCCUGAGUGCUACAUCCGUGGCAGCACCAUCAAGUACCUGCGCAUCCCUGAUGAGAUCAUCGACAUGGUGCGGGAGGAGGCCGCCAAGGGCAGAGGGCGAGGAGGACCGCAGCAGCAGAAGCAGCAGAAAGGCCGAGGCAUGGGCGGCGCUGGCCGAGGUGUGUUUGGUGGCCGGGGCCGGGGUGGCAUCCCAGGUGCAGGCCGAGGCCAGCCCGAGAAGAAGCCAGGGCGGCAGGCAGGCAAGCAGUGAACAGUCCCGGCCUGAGCCGAGCCCAGAAUGGUGGGCGAGGCCUCAGGGCACCUUUGUGUGAAGCCCCACUUGUCGUCUGGUCCAGUGAAGUCCCUCGCUGGCCACUGACUCAGUUUCUGGAAGGUUCCGAGUCUGAGGUGCCCGUGGAGCCUUGGAUGCCCUUUGACGGGCUGACUUCUUCCAGGCAUGUUUGAGUUUCAGUUGGAGCUGCAGGCUCAGCCCAUGGCGGCUCACCUGUCCUUUACCAGCCGCACCCUGUACAUCUUCUGUUUGAAAAAUAAAAGCAAACACCAUAGAAGGAGCCAGCCAUCCUUCUGCCUAA